AAGACUCCCAAUGUCCACAUGGUGCAUCACGGAGCAAGCUUCUGAAGUCAAACACCAUUUAGAGCUCCCUUCUACUGGUCAUGGCAGCGGAAAUUUACCGGACAAUCGGUGGCGUAUUUCUGCCCAAGCACUUCUCUGAUGAAGCCGUGUUGUCUACCCUUGCUUAUAGGCCGCAACCGGGCGACUUGUUUAUUGUGAGCUACCCUAAAUGCGGCACCACAUGGAUGCAGAACAUCGUAUACAACAUCCUGAUGGACGCAGAAGAACCCAAAGAUUUCCUGCAGCAGGCCUUGCAACUUCCCUUCUUGGAAAUGCAGGGUGCCGAGGCCGCUGUGUACGCUCCCAAGCCGGCAGCUUUCAAGACCCACCUAAGCUUUCAGAAGAACCCGUACUCGCCUGAGGCAAAGUACAUCUACAUCGCCAGAAACCCUUACGACUGUUGCGUGUCUUUCUACUACCACACCAAGAACAUUCCACUGUACCAAUUUGAGAAUGGAACUUUCGAUGAGUUCUUUGAAAUAUUUUUGCAAGGACGGGUGGAUUUCGGGGAUUAUUUCGAGAACGUUCUCUCCUGGUACGAACACCGGAAUGACCCCAACGUGCUGUUUCUUACGUAUGAAGGACUCAAGAAAGACAUAGUUGGACAAAUACACCGUAUCGCUUCUUUUAUUGGCGAAGACAAAGAGCGAAGACUUAAAGAAAACCCAGAGCUGCUCCACCGAAUUCUAGAGAAUACCAGCUUGGAGCAUAUGAGGAAAAAAGUGAUUCUGAGCGCUCAGACUGUGCCGCUCGAAGUAAACGAAUCACAGCUACAGGAGAGCAUCAGGCCUGAGCUUCGAAAAGGUUUCAAAACCAUCAUCGGCCUUUCAAGAAUGCCAAUGAAGGGAGACUUUGUCCGCACGGGACAAGUGGGAGACUGGAAGAACCACUUCUCUCCAAAUCAGAUAAUUCGCAUGAAAGCCAAGAUAGCCGAGGCAACAAAAGGGUCUGACGUCAUGAACCUAUGGAAAGACAUAGAUAUUCCAUAAGUGUUUAUGGCAUAU